AUGGAAGAGCCAAAAAAUGAACUGACGCUUGGGGUUCGUCUGGCGACACGUUACGUGCCGAACCAAGUCCUCCCCUCCACCCUCUCGUGGGGUUUCUUCAUGGGCGUCGAGGAUUUUAUGCGACUGGAGAGGUGCUUUGCGGAGCGGAGCAUCACACACGAUGGAGACCCCGCCAUCACGAAGGAGUGGCUUGUUCACUACAUGAUGCAGUUUCUUGGGGAUCAUCUCAAUUUGCCCGCCAGUGGCGUAGGGACUGAGGAGGCGACUGUGUGUGGAGUGCAGCUGCUGGAUGAGGAAAAGAUGCAAUUUUAUAAGGAGGAAGUGUUGCGGUGGGCCAGCUCUUUCUCCAUUGGGGUUUCUGUACAUGACCCGCUAUGGGAUGCCUGUGAGGUAAGUAAUGCGGAGCUAGCACGAGCAGAACACAGUAUGAACAGCAGUACAUAUGCCAGUUCGUUCAAUAAGGGGGCUUCAAGUAGCAAUAAGAGUGGUGGCUAUUCUGCUACUACCACCGCCAGUAGUCAUGAGGGCGCCCCGCGAGGAGGGCGCUUUGGACGAACUCGGUCGGUCGUCCGCAUGCUGUUGAGAUACAAUCGACCGGCCGGGCAUGCACAGACUCAGAGGAAGGAACCAGCGCGACACGAGAUUGUGCGAUGGAGCGACUUGACAACAAAUUUAGUGAGGGACUAUGAGCGCUUUCAUCAAGUGGACGAGAAGGAGUUGUCCUUCACCCGAGUACGAACGGAAUUAACAUCUGGAAAUUCCUCACUUCUCCGCUCUGUGGCCGGUAAAGAUGGUCUUGAUGCGGAUUGGUCAAGGGUGACGGAGGGCCGAGGGGACACGGAAACGGAUGUGUUCACUGGAAGUGAGUUGCAUGCGCAGUCUGCUGAUCACAUAUUGGUGUCCACCGUGACGGGCUGCGUCGUCACUGCCAGCAAAGACGGUGUUGUGAAACUGUGGAAUGGGAAAACAGGCAUAUUUAUGCGUAAUCUCUAUAAUGCAGGAAACGCAUGGGUGAUUGGGAUGUUUUUGCUGCACGAUGAGGACUAUAUUCUUAUCGCGACGACAAAAAGUCAAUUGACAGUGCUGGACUUCCCAGAGGGCAACGUUCUCCAGAAGUAUGUUGGAUGCAUCUCACUGCAGACGGCACUCUAUGAGGUUGUGCAGUUGUCCGCCAACAACAUUCAGCGCUAUGGGAUGAAGCCCGGUGAGUGCGGUAGACAUCGUGUGGAGUUGCGCAAGGAUGAAACCGCGGAGCACUAUCACGCCCGUCGUCGUGAGUCACAAAAUUGUGUCUUUUCAAAAGUUCUUCCUGCAAAGCCUGUGGUGGGUUUUGACGCACCGACGGCGUCUUGGUUUGACAAGUAUUCUGGUAUUUUUUUUUUUGGUACAGCAACCGGCGCCGUUGGGGCCUUUGAUAUUUCCGCGGAUGUGCGCCCGAGCGCACUGCUGGCCGGGGCGAACAGCAAACCUGUGUGCCUGCUCUUCCUGACGGAGGUCCAUGCGGGGGCGGUGGUGGGCGUAUUCUACACCUCCUACGUCACAUCCGUCUUUACGGCGGGAGCAGAUGGUUGUAUUUACCGCACCCCGCUCGGUCCGACAGGAAAGCCUUCCGGGGAGUCACGACUUGUCGCCCAGCAGGCAAGAGCCAUCCGCUCGAUGCAGUGGUGGCCGCCGUCCAAGUUUUACGUCACGAUUCACGUGGACCGUCGUGUCGUCUUGUGGGUGAUUGGGCGUUACGGCGAUCCUCUGCACCAGUUUCCAUCCGAGACGCAGGAGGUGGUCAGUGCGGCGCUGCACCCACGGCGACAGCGGCUUGCAGUGCUGCUUUCCGAUAAAACCAUCAAGGUGUACGAGACCCAUGGCAAUAAGUCACUUGCCACCAUUGCCCAGCCAACACCAGACUCGAACUUCACUGCGACCGAUGCAACGCGGCAGAUGAUGGAACGUUCUGCCGUUGAUGAAGACGGUGUUGUGGCGUGGCAUCCAUAUAAUUCUUCUAUCAUUUGUUGUCUCCGGGCGACAGUCGUUUACGAACCGUCAAAAAAUCAGCUUCAGACAGAGUCUGUUGGCGAGACAGAGAUUAAUUUCCCUGAGGACGAGCGCGGGGCAUUCAGCAAUAGAGAUGUCCGUGACAUUGCGGAGGACGUCAAACCGAAGCCAAGGAAGCUGAGCGCAGUGGGUGUUGUAGAAUCACGACGUGUGGAGUCUCACCGCAGCGGUGUCGUGGCAAUGGCUGUGCAAAGGCAAUCAUUGCAUUUACACACAUUUGAUGAGGAAGGUUGGCGGAUAUGGGACUUAGAUACAGGUGCAAUUAUUCAGCAAGUGAACGUUCCCCGGGUAGCGCGUAUGGAACAUAUGCCUUUGAAAAGAGCCACCGUUGCGUCCUGCUCUUGGACGACGAGCCUACAAGUACGGCUAGUGACAGGAGGUCAGGAUGCAUCAAUGCUGACAUGGGAUCCGGUUACCUGUCUCCCUCUCGCGGCAGAGAUGCUGGUUCAUGACGUUUCAGAGCAAUUGGACUCGGAUGUAAACUUGAUGUCGCAUCGAAAUAAAUUGAUUGCGUGGAGUGCACGUUUAUGCCGUGUCACAACGUUCAAUACGGGCUCGAUCCUCCCUAGUGGAAUUGAGGAGAGUAAAUCCGUUCUCCUGCGUGUGCCAUCCCUGGCCUCCAUAACCGCUUGCUGUGUCGUGCGGGAUGCGUACCUUUGUGUGGGCACAGGUGACGCAAGGAUAUUUUUCUUCAGCCUUCGGGGUGGGGCGCCUACCCACGACUGUGUCCUGCGAGAAAAGACGGAGGAGGGAAAAGGCGCUGUUGUACAUCUCAUCUUCUUGAAUGAACAAAACCAAAACCUCCUCCUUGUCAUUCUUGACAUUGGCAUUCUUUUUGUGUACUCCUAUGUUAAGCAGGCUGUCGUGUACCGCAUUUGCCUGGGGCGGCGCUUUGAAUGUCGUAUCCGCAAAGCGUUAUACAUACCAGAGGAUGGUACGGUUGUGUAUGGCGACUCGUUGGGUCGCAUUCGUGUCGUUGACGUGCGAGGCUGCACAUCCCUCUCGGUAGAAUUCCGCCAGGCAUUUAUCCUGAAGUCAACCUUUCAGGGUGCCACGGACGAGAUCACAUCGUUGGAGAGUUUCUACAGCUCGGGACGGCGUUAUCUGUUGGUGGGAUCAUUGGACCGAAUGGCACGUCUUUUUUACUUUGACGACACAGACUGGUUGCAUGCGCCGUUUUCCAACGUGGCUAUGCAGCAAAAUUCUAUGGCUGCUGUGAAGUUUGUUGGCGCUUUUGGCCGCGAUACAUGGAGGCUCUCGGAUCCAACGACAUUCAGCGAAGAACCGCCCACGGCAUUGCGCGUGCCGGCGAACAACACCGCAGAGGAAGAAAUGCUGCUGGAGAACAUCCUUCACCCGGAAACGAGACCCGAGAGUGUGCGGAGCCUCAUGGACUCUUUGCUGGAUGACGACUUUAGUGUGUCCCGCGCGCGGUCGCGUAGAGGCACAAAGGCCAUAACCCCUCUCUCUGCGUCGGGAUCGCCAAGGGGGAUGCUCACCCGUCCCUUUUUCCUCACGGACAUUUCCCACCCGCAGGAGGAGGUCACUCAAGUGCCGUCGUUAUCUUUUUUAUCCUCCACGGAGAGCGCAAGGCAGCCUCCGAUGGCACAAGCCACGCAAAGCACGCAUGAGCAGCAGGGCCCAUCGAUACCCUCCGGCGAUGAAGAGGGUGGCGCUCCUUCCACUUCACAGGGUAUAGACCGCGUAUCGUCGAUGGUGCCAGCCACUGGGCGACGCCCGCAAUUCCGCCCACGGCCGGGUGAAAAGUUCUCCAACAGAUGCUCCGUAUCACUCUUCACGGAACCACGUCUGCAGUUGCCGUCCCUUGAUCGACAGACCGAAGGCCCAAGUGAGGGGACCAAUCCUUAUCAAGGCUUCCUGGCAGGCUCACUGUCGCCGCCAAAGAAGAGGAUGGCAUUGUUGACUAUGACACGACGACUAGAGGCCGUGUUGCCUAGGAGGUUUGCCAACGGCGAGUUCUUCAAAAACGCCAACGAGCUGCUUAUGGCCGACGCACAGUUAGGCCUUCGGCGGACCAAAUCGGGGCGAACUCGGCAGGAAAGAGUUGAUCUACAGCUGGCACUUGAGAACCGACGCCAACUGGCGGAGAGGGUGGAGGAGUACAAAAAAAAGCAGGAGAAAAGACGCUGCGACAAGAGGAACACGCUGAUGCCCUUUGCAGCUCGGCAUGAACUCAUUCCUGUUGUUUUCCCGCAGCCGAGCGUUCUUUCAAAUGAAGGCAAUUUUAGCUUUGCUUGGAUGCUCAAUGCGUCUUCAAUGGGGUUACCGCAGAAGCCAUUUGCGCAUGCAAGUAACGCAAUGUAA